GGAAAUCCAGGAACUGUGGGCCCAGAAGGAAGUCGUGGCAAUCCUGGAAUUGGAGGAAAUAAAGGAGAAAAUGGCAAUGUUGGAUAUGGUCGACCAGGAAAGAGAGGAGCAAAGGGACAAGAUGGAUUCCCAGGAGAGACUGGACUCAAGGGUGAAAUUGGAGAUGCAGGCAUUUCAGGAGAACCUGGGCCAAAAGGGUCAAGAGGAAAAAUGGGUGUUGCAGGUUUUCCUGGUGAGAAGGGUAUCCCAGGAGGCCCGGGACCUCAGGGACGCAGGGGUCAGAAAGGAACGAUGGGACUCAACCCUUUUCAACCAUGUGAGCUCAUUGACUACCUGCGCAAAAACAGCCCUUGUUGGCAGGGAAAACCAGAAUGUCCAGUGUAUCCAACAGAACUAGUGUUUGCUUUGGACAUAUCCCAGGAUGUCACAUCCCAGUUAUUUGAAAGAAUGAGAGAAAUUGUAACAUCAGUAGUGAAUCACACCAAAAUUAGGGAAAGCAACUGCCCCGUGGGAGCCAGAGUCGCUAUUGUAUCCUACAAUUCCAAUAUCCAUUAUCUGAUCCGCUUCUCUGAGUUCUACAGUAAGAACCAGCUCCUUACCAAAAUUAAAAAUCUGGCUUAUGAGAGGUCUUCAAGUGAACGGAAUAUUGUCAAUGCAAUGAGAUUUGUUGCCAAGCAUAUUUUCAAACGAACUCUCCCAAGUCCUAAUGUCAGAAAAAUAGCAGUGUUUUUCAGCAAUGGGCCAUCUGUAAAUGAAGUGGCUGUUAACACAGCAGUUCUAGAGUACAGUGCAUUUGAUAUUGUUCCAGUGGUUAUUGCUUUUAAUGAUGUGCCCAUCAUCAGAAGUGCUUUCAUGAUGGAUGAUACUGGAUUGUACAAGGUAAUAAUUAUUGAUCAAGACAAUGACUAUGAGUCAUCACUAGAACAAUUUCAGCGCUGCACUCUUUGUUAUGACAAAUGCAAACCAGAUGACGUUUGCGAACGCCGCAUCUCCCGAUCACCACGGACAUAUGUGGACACUGCUUUCAUUUUGGACAGCUCCCAGAAAAUGAGCGGUGCUGACUUUGCGAAAGUGAAAAACUUUCUGAGCACAGCACUUGAUAACUUUGACAUUUCUUCCAACCCAGUUUCUUCCAUCGGCGAUAGGGUGGCUGUGGUGAGCCAUGCGCCACCAGAUUUCAAUCCCCGCUCAUCGAGGAGGAGCCCUGUAAAGGAAGAGUUUAACUUUGUCACCUACAACAGUAGACAGUUAAUGAAAAGACAUAUCCAAGGAUCUGUGCAACAGCUGAAUGGACCUGCUGCUCUUGGCCAUGCCAUACGCUGGACAAUUGAUCAUGUUUUCUCACCUGCACCCCACCUCAGACAACACAAGGUUAUCAUUGUUAUAUCGGCUGGAGAAACAAGUCAGUGGGACAAAGAAACGUUAAAGAGUGCAUCUCUGAGAGCCAAGUGCCAAGGAUAUUCUCUGCUUGUAAUUUCAUUAGGACAUGCAUAUAACCACAAAGAAUUGGAAGAGCUGGCUAGUAUUCCCACGGAACAGCAUUUAAUUGAACUGGGCAGAGUCCACAAGCCUGAACUUGACUAUGUAGUGAGGUUUAUGAAACCAUUUGUGCAUCUCCUCAGACGUGCAAUCAAUGAAUAUCCACCAGAAGAGCUCAAGAGAAAUUGUACCAGAAUCAGGUCUCAUGAAGUUCUGAAACCAGAACUUACACCAAGGCGUGAACAAGUUCCCCUUCUCGGAGAAGACGACGUGUCAGGAAGUGAGGUCAUGCUUGGGGAUGAAUUUAUUGGUUAUGAGCCUUCAAUACAGAUGUUCCAGGAUGAUCUAAUGGUCCUCUAAAUGUCAACGUUUUUGCAACCAAUCACAUCAAUCCUUGGUACCUAUGGACAUAAUGGAGAAUUCUGCCAAGACACACAGAAGGAAAGAAAACAUGAGUCAUGUCUGAUGGAAGUGGAAAGAAAGGAAGAUAUCUCCAUAAUCCCUCACUGAACAGUGGGGACAGUUUAACCUUUGGAUCCCUCUGGAUAACUUCCCUCACACAUCUUUAGAAUAUAUUAGAACUAAAUAUACCAGCUCUUCUCUGUCUCUUCCUCCUCUUCCACCCAGCAACCUAACUUCUUUCCUGUCCUCUGUAAACUCAGCACACCAGGACAGAAAGAGGGUCUGUACACAAGCAGGCACUUUCCUGUCACCAUUCACCACAUUUGUCAAUUAGCCUCUAGCACAGGGCCAUGGAACUAUGAAACAGCUAUUCUAACUACCUGCAGCUAUUCUCCCCUGGUUGAUUCCCAAUGUGAGAUGGGGCAGGACUGGUAGCAGUGGAACAGGCUCUUAUGUGACUCUGCCUUGGCCGCCUCCUACCCCAGACCUAGAUCUUCUCAGGGAACCACACAUUCUCAGCAAAAUGUGAAGACCUGUCCCACUUGAACUGUUGUGACCAGAAUUAACUAACAUUAAUGAUGUGAACAUGAUCAAAUAAUCAAAUGGCACCAAGCAAGAACGUGUAGGCUCGUGUAUUAUAAACAUAGUUAGGAUUUUGGUUGGAUUUGCAGUCACUGCAGUUUACUGGUUGUGUUUCCAGAAUGCCAUGAAGAGCGCUGUAUGUAAAGUCUCAUGGCUGAAUAUUAUGGCAAUUGGAAGUGGAAAUAAACAUAUUCUUGGAAAAUAUUGAGCAUAUUGAAAAGCAAAGGGCUAGUCCUGCUUUAACUCCCUUAACUACAAUGCUUCAUGCAUACAUAGUGCAGUUCAGCUGAUGGUCUAAAAUGCUCUAUGGGAGCAAAGACUUAUUUGGAUCCAAUUAGGUUACAGCUAACAUAGUUAAACUUGGCUACCUGGAGUUAAGCAUAUACA